GCCUCUUUGCUCGGCAAGUAGGAACCGGAAAGCACCGGAACAAACAAAGGUUUGCCUUUUGCAUCUGCCGGCAGGAAUUACCCGAUGGCUGCCGGUUGUAGCUGCUCUUUGGAGGAAGGAGAAGGAGAAGGAAGCAAGGAAUGGAGCCCUUCCGAGUGCUGGAGCUCUACAGCGGGAUCGGAGGGAUGCAUUACGCCUUGCAAGCCAGUCGUAUACCUGCAGAAAUUGUUGCAGCUGUAGAUGUAAACACAGUAGCCAAUGAAGUUUACACACACAAUUUCCGCACCACACCAUUGUGGUCAAAGACAAUUGAGGGAAUAUCACUGAAGGAGUUCAACAAGUUAUCUUUUGAUAUGAUUUUGAUGAGUCCUCCUUGUCAGCCAUUUACAAGAAUUGGCCGACAGGGAGAUGUUUCUGACCCUAGGACCCGGAGUUUUCUCUACAUUCUUGAUAUUCUUCCAAGGCUUGCAAAGCUGCCAAAAUAUUUACUUUUGGAAAACGUCAAAGGUUUUGAAACAUCUUCAGCCAGAGAUGAACUUAUAAAAACACUUGACAAGUGUGGAUUUAUGUAUCAAGAAUUUCUGUUGUCGCCAACUUGCCUUGGCAUCCCAAAUGCAAGACUAAGGUAUUUCUUGAUUGCACGCCUUCAGACCAAACCUUUUCCCUUUCAUGUACCUGGCAAGAUCCUAACAGAUUUCCCAAACCAAGAUCAGGCCGAUUCAGAGAGGCCCAGAUGUAGUGCAGGCUUGAUGGAAGCUGGUUCCCCACUGCCUACAAAAGAGACAGUCUCUAGUUCUGAUGAUAAGGAUGGACAUUCUUCAAAGAGGGACUUCCUAUUCAAGCUUGAAACAGAGGAGGAACUGGAAAGGAAGCAGCAACAGGACAACAAUCCCUCUUUGCAAAUGCUAAGGAAUUUCCUUCAAGGGGAUGGAGAAGAACUGAGUCAGUACUUCUUGCCACCCAAAUCCUUGCUGCGCUAUGCUCUCCUUCUAGACAUUGUUACACCCUCUUGUAGGAGAUCCACAUGCUUCACAAAAGGGUAUGGGCACUAUAUAGAAGGAACUGGCUCGGUGUUGCAGACAGAGGAAGAUAUCCAGCUUGAAUCUGUAUUUAAAUCCUUUGAGAGUUUAUCUGAAGAGGAGAAGCUUAUGAAGCUGUCGUUGCUUAAACUGCGGUACUUUACCCCAAGAGAAAUAGCAAAUCUACAUGGAUUUCCUCCAGAAUUUGGUUUUCCUGACAAAGUAACCACAAAACAGCAAUACCGUCUGCUUGGAAACAGUCUCAACAUACACGUAGUUGCUAAAUUAAUCUCAUUACUGGUUGGUUAAUGUGGGAAUGCAACCUGGACUGAUGAUCUAUCUUGUAUGCAUCCUACAACAAGAGACUACCAGCUGAAUCCUUGCAAAUGGAAUAAAAGUGAUCACUGUGAUGCAUCUGUGUGUCUGCUAAUGUGAUUAGCUUCCAUUUCUGGUGUUUAUCAAAAGAAAAGAAAAAAUCCCAAAUCCAAUUGUUAAUUCCACCUAGAGUUGACUGAAUAAAUUAAUUGUUGAAUUUUAAGGUAACACAUAAAUCCUAUGGAUUCACUGGUUCUACUUUUGUGAUGGCAAGCAGUUGGAUUUAGACUUGAUGCUUCCCAUCUUAUUUAGUUGUCAUACAAUUUAUGACAAUAUCAGCUGUUACUGACUAUGUUGUGUUGUAAUUUGUGAGCACUGAAGCUGUGGUUUGUCAACGAAAAAAUGAAAUUAUAAUGUUGCAAUGAAAAAAAUGUUUAAAUUUGAUUAUAAGACAUCUCGGUUACAUCUAAGCUCAAGUGAAAGAAGGGACUAGUUUUUUAAUUAAAUAAAACAAUUUUGUAAGAGUAA